AUGUUUGAAGAAGACGAAAUCUGAAAAUAUUUUAUCCAGAUCUGCUUUGGGCUCGAGUCUUUGCACUGCAACGGAUUUAUUCAUCGAGAUCUUCAUCCACAAAAUAUCCUCUUAGACGAAAAUAAUGAUAUUAAAAUAGCUGAUUUUGGCACUUCUCGCUCUUUACUGACAAAAACAAUUCAGGGUGUUGCCAGCUACCAGUCUCCUAGGACUCAUAGUGGAGAUCUCCAGGUUAAAGAAAGUGAUGUUUGGGCAGUCGGCUGCAUUUUGUAUUAUCUCUGCAACCUUGAGCAUCCUUUUGGCGAUAAUGUGAAUAAAAUAAAAAAUGAGUCUCAUAGGCCAAUAAGAAGCGAAUACUCCAAUGAACUGAGGUAUUUCGUUGAUUGGUGCCUAAAAAAGAGGCGAACAGAGAGGCCAACAAUAGUUAAUAUUUUAACUCAUGAGUUUAUAGUCAAUAAAACUCUAAGCUUAGGCAUUACAAUUCCACAAACAUCUGCUAUGAAUGCAGCUAUUUGCCAAAUUCAACUUGAAAAAGAAAGGGAAAGAAAUGAGCAGCUUAAAAAGGAGCUAAUUAAAUAUAGGAAAAAGAAUAAGGUAAAAAGAACGGAAAUUGAGUCGCUGAAAGAAGAAAUAGCUCGCUUAAACAGCAUAAUAAAUGAGAAUAAAAAGAGGAAUGAAGACCCGCUUAAUUAUCAAGAUCUUAUCAAAAAUAAUGAAGUCAUCGACCCUCAAAAGAUCCUUCAAGAGCUAAGAGAGAAGAGAUCUGAAAUUUUAAAUAGACCAAAUGGCCGAGAGUUAGAGCAAGACUUUAGGAGAACCUGCUCAAAGUACAUUAGCGAUGUCUGUGCUGAUGAUCCAGCUCUUCAGCAAGCUUAUCAAGAUUAUAUUAAUGCUUAUCGCCAAAAAACAUCUCUUUAUACAAUUAACGAUGAUGACAACAGAACUAAAUUGAUUAUUUAUGAUACAGAAAAUGAUAGGAGGGAAGAUAGGAUAAUAGAGACUCCUGAACCACUGGAUAAUACAACAUGUAUUGCUCAGCUUCCUAAUGGUAAUUUAUUUUGCUAUGGUAAAUACCCUGGCUCUGGAGUUUCAUUGAUAAUUGAUGAGGAUUAUAGAGUUCGGGAGCUGCCAUCUGGAAGACGUUGCAGUCGUUCAUCAGCUAUCUAUUUCAAUAAUAGUGUUUAUUGCUUUGGAGGAAAUAAUGGAGGAAGUUUACCUCUAUCAGAGAGAUUUGAUUUAAAUGAAAGCCGAUGAAUUAAAUUAAUGCCACUGCCACAAGGUGAUGACGGCUGCACAAGUGUAAUAUUUAACGGGAAUAUUGUGAUUUCUGGAUGGAAAAAUAAAAAUCUUUUGAGGUAUUCAAUUGGUGGCAACACUUUCGCAACAGUUCCUUAUGAUUUUCAAGCUAAAACAUCCAAGAUUCUUAUAAGUACAGAGAUGCUGUAUUUAAUUGAAUGUGGUGAUGAUGGAUCAAUCUAUGAAAGUGAAUUGUCAAAUGAUACUGCCUGGAGACGAAUUGGAGACUCAAUAAUAGGUGGUUUUGUUCAAGUUUAUUUAUCAUAUAAUAAAGAAAGAAUAAACAUUGCACACUUUUCGGGUGGUGAUAGUUACUUCAAGUUUAAUUUAGAGGCAAAAAUAUUAAACAAGCUGCAUUAA